AUGGUCGAUGCAGAGACGGCCCAUUCCUUGUGCACCGGACUCCAUCGGUAUUUGUGCCAACAUGACUGCGGACGGAUCCUUCUGGCAACUUGCAAGAAAUCGGUCCUGCCCUUCUUGCAGCCGGAUUUCGUGAUUGAACUGCUACCUGACAAGGCGGUUGUGCACCGAAACGGUCAUGGGAUUUCCGCGCUGACGAGUCCGAUGAGGCCCAUGGUGUCCAUCAACACCGCGGUGGAGCGCUUUGCUGGUGGCCCGGGAGGCGGAUGGCGUGGUCCCGAGGAAUCCUUGGAUGACAUGCCUCUCCAGAGCAGAACUGGUCAAAGGAUCCCGGGUGCUUCGGUGCGAGAGGAAUUCCAAGUGUCCGUUGGCCUGGACGAAUGCACAGCAGCGGUGUCAAAAGCCUUCGACCAUCCCUUUGAUGGAAGCAUUAAGCAAAAGUGCUUCCGGCUCAAGCCUGAAGCUUUGAGCUUUUCCUGGAGCAUCGGUGCCAUCAUCGGUCCAUCGGGGUCUGGGAAGAGCACCAACCUGAAGAACUUCGGCCAAGGUUUGCCAUUCCAAUGGGACCCAGCGAAGUCCGUCUGGGAUCAACUUCCAUAUGGCGACAAGAAGAAGCUUCUGGAGGCGGUGACCCUGGGAGAGGCCGCAGCACGGCGCAGCUACGACCAGCUGAGCGCCGGAGAGCGCAGUCUGGCGCAGCUGGCGCGCAGCCUCUGCAGCAAUGGAAGUGUCAUCACCGUGGAUGAAUUUACAUCUUUGCUUGAUCGGCAUCGGGCAUAUCAGGUGUGCACCAAGAUACAUCCUUUCAUCAUGGAGAGGGGCAUUCAGCUGGUGGUUGCGGGAUGUCACAAAGACAUCGCGGAUUGGCUCCGAGUGAACUGGGUCUUCGAAGCUGACAGCGGCGAGCUGCUCCAGGUCCAGGACUUCACUGUGGGAAGUCCACCGCCACGCAUUGCAGUGUCCUUUGAAGUGCCCAAGAUCGAUUUGGUCAUGCGACGGCUGGAAACAAGCACGAGAAGCCGGAACAUUUUCGCCAGCCAUUUUGAGGCACACCAUUACAUGGAUGGCCUGCUACCUACUGGUCUCUAUGGUCAGCUGAUCCGGACGACCAGCGGAGAACUCGUGGCUUUUCACGCCGUCUCUGCACAGCCGGGCCAAAUCCACAACGCCAUGCGCGAAUCGCGCCUGGUGGUGCUCCCACCAUGGCAAGGUUAUGGCAUUGGCCCUCGGGCAAGCACUCUCGCUGCAGAGCUGAUCGUAGCAUCAGGCAUGCGCUUGUUCUGCAAGACCUCGCAAGAGGCGCUCGGUUCGCAUCGAAGCAAAGCACCGUACUUGUGGCGACCAACCACGACAAAUGGAAAGCCAAUGACUGCCAGCCUUUCGGAAGGCUUCACGAGGAAGCGCAAACGGGAAGCCAAGCGGCUGGAGGGCGGCUCGGCUCGGCACGAAGGUGAUGUGGUUGACAACAUCGACGUUGAACCUCCUGUCUUUGAUGCGGACUGCGUUGCCUGCGUCCGCGAGAGGGAUGGAGUGAGGCGGGCGGGCAGACCUCCGAAGCACACCUGCGGCCGAGCACCGAAAGCUCCCUUGGACAACGAUAUCGCGCAUCGUCGUCCAGUGGUGCGCCGCGUGUGCUACAGCCACGAGUAUAUUGGGCCGGGCCGCCACCAGCAGAAGGGUCCUGUCGAGGAUGUGAAUGAAGAAGAGUUGAAGGCGAGCACGAUGCUGAAGUUGAUGACGACUGAGCAGAUUCCGGAGAUGGCGGAGAUUGUCCUUGUGUGA